AUGUCUGCUGAAGCCCCCAAGAUUGUCGAGGAGACCCCCGCUGCCGUCCCGGCUGUCGAGACUCCUGUCGAGACUCCUGCUGCUGCUGAGCCUGCCGCUGAGACUCCCGCCGAGCCUGCUACUGAGGCUGCUGCUGAAGCUCCGGCUGCUGAGCCCGCCGCUGAGACCGAGGCCGCUGCUGAGGCUCCCAAGGAGGAGGCCAAGGAAGAGGUUACCGCUGCCACCGAGGGAACUCUUGGCUACAAGGGACCUGGUCUCGUCAAGAGCUUCCGCUUCGCCAAGCGCUUCUUCUACUUCUCCGAUGAGGCUGUCGAGGCCAAGAACUUGUCUACCUACCUCGCUUCCGAGAAGGCUUCUGCUGCUGCCCAGCGCACUGCUGCCUGGGCCACCCAGACCGGCAAGGGUCUUUUGUUCUACACCAAGCGUGCUGAGGACAAGGCCACCCCGGCUGGUAUCUUCAACCUGUCUGAGGUCUCUGAUGUCAACAAGGAGGGCUCCAACGAAUUCUCCUUCAAGACUGCCGGCCACAAGCACACCUUCCAGGCCAGCGGUACCGAGCGUGACAGCUGGGUUGCUGCCCUGACCGCCAAGACCCAGGAGGCCACCGCCGAGAAGGAGACCAUCACCGAGAGCGAGGGUUUCAAGGGCGAGCUUGAGAAGCUCAGCAAGCCCGCCGCCGUCGCUGCCGCUGCCGCUGUUGCUGGUGCUACUGCUGUCAAGGCUGCCGUUACCCCUGAGAAGGACACCAAGGAGACCGAGGCCGCCGCUGAGGACAAGAAGGAGGACAAGAAGGAAGAGAAGAAGGAAGACAAGAAGAGCCGCUCCCAGUCCCGCAAGCGUGCUUCCAUCUUCGGCAGCAUCCUUGGCAAGAAGGAGAAGGAGGAGGUCAAGGAAGAGACUCCUGGUGCUGCUGAGGAGACCCCCGCUGAGGCUGCUCCCGCCGAGGAGGCCGCUGCUGCUGAGCCCGCUGCCGCUACUGAGGCCACCGAGACCCCCGCCGCCGAAGCUGCUCCCGCCGAGACUGCUGCUGAGGCCACCCCGGCCGAGGAGAAGAAGGAGGAGCCCAAGUCUGCCACCAAGUCUAAGCGUGCUUCCAUCUUCGGAAACUUCUUCAACAAGGUCGCCAGCCCCACCAAGGAGAAGACCGAGGAAGAGGUUGUCCCAGUCGCCAGCACUGCUCCUCAGCUCGAGAACCCUGUUGACGAGUCUGCCGCCAAGCCCAUUGAGCCCGAGACCGUCACUGACGCUCCCGCCGCCGAGGCUGCUGCCGCCGAGACCCCUGCCGAGGAGAAGAAGGAGGAAAAGAAGGAGGAGGUUUCCGCUGAGACCAAGGAGAAGCGCCGCACUUCGAUUUUCGGUACCCUUGGCAAGAAGGUCAAGGCCGAGACUGGCUCUGACGGCGAGGGCAAGAAGGCCGUCAACAAGCUUGGCGGUCUGUUCCGCAAGCCCAGCAAGGCUGUCAAGUCCGAGGAGAAGAAGGACAAGGAGGUUGCCCCUGCCGAGGAGGCUAUCCCCGAGGGCGAGGACAAGGCCGCUGCCCCGACCGAGGAGACUCCUGCUGCGACCACCGAGGCUGCCGUUGAGAAGGCUGAUGAGACCGCUGCCGCCCCCGCCGAGCCCGUUAAUGUCGCUCCCGCCGCCGCUCCGGUCCAGGCUGCUGCUUGA